UUUUUUUUUCUUGCCGUGAGGGAUGCCGGGCACGCCCGCGUGCAGCGAUUAACUAAUUAUAUGUGAUACAGCAACAGCCAAUGCCCCACGCUGCUGCCCCUCGUGACGACAUGGCGACUUUAUAUAGCCGGGUUUUCCUAGCUGCUGCGACUCCGGUCUGCGAUCCUUCAUCCAUCCCAGCUCUGCAGUAAGCAUCUAUCACCAAUCAUCUCAAUUGGACUCUCCAAGCAACAAUCCGCCCAUCAACUCCCACCUUUCACCAUGCCCGGUUUCCAACAGGCCUCGGAUUUGGAUGCAUGGAAGAAGCUCCAGCAGCACCAUGCAUCCGUGGGCAAGAGCAUUGUGCUGAAAGAGGAGUUCGAGAAGGAUCCCAGCCGCUUCCAGAAGUUCAGCAAAACCUUCACCAACACCGUUGAUGGCAAAGAUGUCCUUUUCGACUUCUCCAAGAACUUCAUCACCGACGAGACCUUGGAUCUGUUAGUAGAGCUCGCCAAAGAAGCCAAGGUCGAAGAGCUUCGGGAUGCCAUGUUCAAGGGCGAACAUAUCAACUUCACAGAAGACCGUGCCGUCUACCACGCGGCUCUGCGCAAUGUCAGCAACCAGCCCAUGCAGGUCGACGGCAAGAGCGUUGUUGAAGAUGUCAAUAGCGUGCUGGCACAUAUGAAAGAAUUCUCAGAGCAGGUCCGCAGCGGUGAGUGGAAGGGAUAUUCUGGCAAGAAAAUCAAGACUAUCAUCAACAUCGGUAUUGGUGGAUCUGACCUUGGUCCCGUCAUGGUCGCUGAAGCACUCAAGCCCUACGGAGACCGCGACCUGAAACUGCACUUUGUCUCGAACAUCGACGGUACUCACAUCGCCGAGGCCCUGAAGGAGUCUGACCCGGAAACCUCCCUUUUCCUAAUUGCAUCAAAGACCUUCACAACUGCCGAGACGACGACCAAUGCCAACACUGCCAAGAAAUGGUUCCUCGAAACCGCCAAGGAUGAAUCGUACAUCGCAAAGCACUUUGUUGCUUUGUCCACAAAUGAAGCUGAAGUCACCAAGUUUGGUAUUGAUAAGAAGAACAUGUUUGGCUUUGAGUCAUGGGUUGGUGGUCGUUAUUCGGUCUGGAGCGCUAUCGGUCUCUCCGUAGCGUUGUAUAUCGGCUAUGACAACUUCCACCAAUUCCUGGCCGGUGCUCAUGCUAUGGAUCACCACUUCCGCACUGCGCCUCUCAAAGAAAACAUCCCAGCUCUUGCCGGCCUUCUGAGUGUUUGGUACAGCGACUUCUUCGGUGCCCAAACCCACCUUGUUGCCCCGUUCGAUCAGUACUUGCACCGUUUCCCUGCCUAUCUCCAACAGCUAUCCAUGGAAAGCAAUGGAAAGGCUAUCACGCGCUCUGGCGACUACGUUAAGUACACCACUGGCCCUAUUCUCUUCGGCGAACCCGCGACAAAUGCCCAGCACAGCUUUUUCCAGCUCCUCCACCAAGGAACAAAAUUGAUCCCCACCGACUUCCUCCUCGCAGUCGAGUCUCACAACCCCGUUGAAGGCGGCAAGCACCAGCGCAUGCUGGCUUCGAACUUCUUUGCGCAGGCCGAAGCCCUCAUGAUCGGAAAGACCCCUGAGCAAGUCAAGGCCGAAAAUGCCCCCGAUGACCUGGUUCCACACAAGACUUUCCUUGGAAACAGACCAACCACAUCCAUCUUGGCUCAGAAGAUUACACCGGCAACUUUGGGUGCUCUCAUUACUUACUAUGAGCACCUGACCUUCACUGAAGGUGCUGUAUGGAAUAUCAACUCUUUCGACCAAUGGGGAGUCGAACUUGGCAAGGUCCUGGCAAAGAAGAUCCAGAAAGAACUCGAAACUCCCGGCGAGGGUGGUGCCCACGACGCGUCUACUGCUGGUCUCAUCAAGACUUUCAAGGCCAAGGCGAACCUUGCAUAAACCCGUACCAACGAAGACAUGGACCAAAUGCCUAUUUGAGCUGUCAAGCGCCGAACGUAUCUAUUCCGUCAGUGCAGUAACUAGAAAAUUCGAGGGUUAAUGAGCAGGCUAUUUGAUGAUACAAAAACG